AUGCUGCAUAAACAUAAUAGUAGUAAUAAUUUAUCGAUUAUUUCCGGUGGAAAUGAUAACAAUGGGGAGACUCGCCCACUUUUAUCAAGCAAUCUAGAUAAAACAAAUCCAAAAUAUUCACCAACUACUACUACAACUACAAAAUGGUAUAAAAGACCAUCAUAUCAUUGGAUAUUACCAUCCUUUUUUUUAUUAUCAGUAACUUUUGGACUCGCAGUUACAACAAAAAUAAAUUUUUAUUUAAAAGUUAUUUGUAGAGAAUACUAUUCAGCGGGUGGUGGUGUCCAUAAUGUUGAUUAUGAUGAUGAAAGUUGUAAUACAAGUGAAAUAUCUGCACUAACUUCUCAACUUUUACUAAAAUUAAGUUUAUUUCACUCCAUACCAGCAAUAGUCGUUUUAGGAUCAUUAGGAUCAUUAUCAGAUCGUAGAGGUAGACGUAUAGUAUUAUUAUUGCCAACAAUUGGGGGAAUAUGCAUUUCAUCAUGUAUAAUAUUAGUGGACAAGUAUUUAUAUGGUAACCCUUUUGGGACUAAAUUGUUGUUGUUUGGAUCAUUUUUGGAUGGAUUGACAGGAAGUUACACAUCUUUGGUAGCUGUUAGCCAUGCCUAUGUAACUGAUUGUACUGAACCUGGUAAAAGAAAUAUAGUGUUUGGAUGGUUGAUGGGGUCAUUGUAUUGUGGAUUUUCAAUAGGACCAAUGAUUGCAGGGUGGAUAAGUCAAGCUACUGGUAAUAUUAUAUCAUUGAUGGCUUUAAAAAAGGUUAUGGAUUUUUUAAAUAUUAUAAAACAGCUUUCCAUAUUUUUACCAGCAUCAAAAAACAAUAGAAAUAAUGAAGAAAUGUUUAAACUAUCAGUGGUUGAACAAGGUUAUCUUUUAUUUGUUAUCGGCGGAGCAAGAGUUGUUAUAUUGAUGCUCCUAUUUCCCAUAUUGGAAGAAGAGAGCGAAGAAAGUAAAUUACGAUUAAAAGGAGAAUUGUUGAAAUUAGAAAUUUGGGUAAUUAGAAUUGGAUUAUUUAUUGAAGCUGUUUGUAUGACUUUAUAUGGAAUAAUAAGUAGUGGCGUUGCAUUAAUAGGAGUGGCAGUGACUGCAUCAUUAGGAUCAACAGCAUUUCCAACUUUGAAAUCAUUUCAAACAAAUUUAGUUCCUUCUUCCAAAGUUGGAGAAUUAUUAGGAGCAUUAGCAACUAUUGAAUCUGUAGCUGCAAUUGCAUCACCAAUAUGUUUUAAUACGUUGUAUAGUAUAUUUGUCACCGGAUCUUCUCCAUAUUUUAUAUGGUAUUUUAUUGGUGGUAUGUUUUAUGUUGGCUUUUUUUUAACAUUCGCAAUUAGAUUCACGGAUGACGUUAAUAAUAAAAACGGAGAAGAAGGAGGAAUAGGAUAUGAAAUUAGUGACGGAGAAUAUGUUGAUGAUGAUGACAUUGAUGGUGUAAUUUCUGAUGGUGUGAUCUCUGUUGUCAAUGGUAUCAAGGGUGAUACAUUAUAA